AUGGGGGAAAACCCCACGAGCGAGGUGGAACAGAAAGCGCCGUUGCUGGAAGACAAAGGCCCACCAACCCGAUCCACGGUGCUGAUGCCGGCCGACCAGCACGCCGGUCUGUCCGGCGUGAGCCAUAUUGCGGCCGUGGGGGCGCUUCCCGGCCGCUCGCUGGCGUCCGGGUGGCUGCACGUCUCCAUGCUGAGCUUCACGGCAGGCGCUGCCGUCAUCGCCGUAUGCCACAAAGCUCCACUGGGGAUUGUGGCGGGCCUGUGCUGCGCCACCGCGAGCCUCGCGGGCGCCGUUGGAGCCUGUCUGUACUUGCACAGGUACCUGAGAGAUGGCAGGGACUGCACCAGGCACGUGCGCGCCCUGGCUGUUGUGGCGGUAGCCUUCGCUGUCCUUUCUGUGGCCUUCAACAUCACUUUAAGCGCGGCCACCCUGGCGUCCACAUUCUGCGAUUAUUGGAAUGGGUCCCUGGAGAAGUGCACCGCGGCCACCGUGGCAUGUCAGGUGAUGACUGUUGCCGCCACAUCCCAAGGAUUCUUCAGUUUUUGGAUGUUCACCUGGCUGCCUGGCGUGCUGCGCAACGGAGAACCACACAUUCGGGACCGCAUAUGA